GGGUAUAUUUGGGAAAGGUGAGAGGAAAAGCCUGGAGAGGUCCACAGGCAUCUUCCCAGAGACGGAAGACUCUUGGCUCCAGCCUGCUCGCCCCUCGUCAUCAUGACGGAGUACGGGACCCUCCUCCAGGACCUGACCAACAACAUCACCCUUGAAGAUCUGGAGCAGCUUAAGUCAGCCUGCAAGGAGGACAUCCCCAGCGAGAAGAGUGAGGAGAUCACUACUGGCAGUGCCUGGUUUAGCUUCCUGGAGAGCCACAACAAGCUGGACAAAGACAACCUCUCCUACAUCGAGCACAUCUUUGAGAUCUCCCGCCGUCCUGACCUACUCACCAUGGUGGUUGACUAUAGAACCCGUGUGCUGAAGAUCUCGGAGGAGGAUGAGCUGGACACCAAGCUAACCCGUAUUCCCAGUGCCAAGAAGUACAAAGACAUCAUCCGGCAGCCCUCUGAGGAAGAGAUCAUCAAAUUGGCUCCCCCACCGAAGAAGGCCUGAGCAAGGGGAGGAAGAGGAAGAAGGUUGGCCCUUCGUUGGACCGCUCCCUUCCCCCGUCCUCCAGGGGAGGGGGCUAGGGCAGCCUUCCCCCAUCUACCCACAUACUAACCUGGUCCUAACCCCCUUACUGUGCGCGUGUGUGUGCGUGUGCGCACGCUCUGGCUGUCUGUCUGUAUGUCUAGCUCAUCUAGUUCCUCCUCGUGAGGAGAUGGGGGUCAGGGGCUGGGAGGAGGGGGCUUGGCUUCCCCACUCUUGGGGGAGGUGGGGGCUAUUUCUAUGCAAAUAGAAAUCCGCACGUUCCUCCUAUUUCCCUUCCCUCCAUCUUUAAAGUGAGGAAGCAGAAAGGACCUGCAUAUUCCUACACCGAAGAGCUCAGGUGGGCUGUGGUGGGUGAUCUAGGGAAAACCAGUGGGGAGGGAGGCAGAGAGGCCACCCAUCCCCCAUCCGGAAGGGGCAAAGCCAGGCCCGAGUUGGGUGUUCGUACUUCUCUGCUGGACUGGCUGAGUCCAGCUUUCUGCUGUUCAUCAGGUGAGAGGCCUGAUGGGUGCCAACAGGUCACUUUCCUCCCCUCUCAUGGGCCUAGGACGGGUGUAAGCCAGGGAUCUAAUGAGGGAAGACCAGUGAAUACUCUUCUGGUCCCAAAGAUCAAAACCCACAGAGAAGCUGGCAUUCAACGCCCCCACUUUGUGAGACUAUGCUGGGGAUAUGCACACUGAGCCCCUUUCCACCCUUUCUUCCUACUCCGAGUGUUGCACAUAGGGACCCGGAACCGGAGGGAGUUGUGGAGUGAGAGCCUUAGGUUUUAACCAGUAAUCUUGCCCCACCCGCAGGAUCCCAGCAUGGUUACUGCAGGCAACCUUCCCUCUCUCCUUGGUCUCGGACACCCCAGCCAGAAGAGAUGUUAACUACAGUGUUUCCCUGUGCACUGUCCCUGCCCCAAUUCUAUCCAGGAGGGGACUUGGCAGCCCUUCCAUUCCAUACCCUGGCCCCUUGGCCUUGUGGCUGCCUCCUAGCCAGUUACUAGAGUACAAUGAGUGACCCAGCUCCUGCCUGCCCAAAACACCCUACCCCUGACCGUGCUAACUGUGUGUACAUAUAUACUCUACAUAUAUGUAUAUUAAACCCGCACUGCCAUGUCUGCCCUCUUGUGGUGUCUAGCGUUAACUUACUGUCUAGGCCAGAGCGGGGGGCGGGAGGAGACGCCACGGUGAAGGGAGUGGUGGAGUCGGUUUACUACACGGUCCAAACAAAAAAGAAACCUUUUGUUUAAAAAAAUACAAAAAACAAACAAACAAAAAAA